AAAAAGAGAUAAAAGAAAAAGAAAAGGGAGAGAAAAAGAAAAAGAAAAAAAAGAGAUAUGAAACACAAGAUGAAAAGGAUAAGGCAGCAGGAAGAAGGAAAAAGAGAAGGAAAAUAGAUAGAGAAGCGAAAAUGGGAGAGCAGAAUGAACAAAUAAAAGAGGG